AUGUCAAAAAGAUUACCAUACGAUGUUUUAUCGUACAUUGCAAAAUACAUCGAAAGGGACACUCAGUUGACGUGUGCAGUAGUUUGUAAACAAUGGACAGAACCAUUUCUAGAUGCGUAUUGGCAUUACCCAUUUAUCAACAGUAAAGCAUUAAAGUCCCUUUGCAAAAAAUCCAACCGUAACAACGUCCAUCUAAGGAACUUACAUCGCACGCGGGGAUUAACUACUUACUACCUAACAGAGAAAGAAAUGAAGCUUUUCCCAACACUACAGCAAAUUUACCAGAACAUAAACCACGUUGAAUACAUUGAAGCCACUGAUUACGAGCCAAUUUUGAAUACUACCGAUUGGUCUCCCUGGAAGUCAUUGAGACGCCUGAAAAUCGAUUAUGACUAUACUUGGACAGAACUAGUUCGAGAUAUCUUGUUUACUCUAUCACCAUUGACUUCCCUGGUUCAUUUUAUAUUCAAGACAACUUCUUCGCACGAUGAUGAUAUUAAAGGACAUGGAGCUGCUUCACGACUACUUACCACGACUGGAGUAUUAGAGUCAGUAAAAGAAAUUGCUCCGGCAAAGACCAUCAAAGAGGUGUGCUUUGACAACGAUUCCCUUUCUACACCCUGGAUGUUUUACUUUGCUUGCAAGUACCCAAAUCUACAAACCAUCAGAUUCAAAGAUGGUUAUAGAUCUCCAGAAUCUAUUGAGGAAGAUUACGAGCCAAAAUACUACAAAGAUGACCUCCAAAUACUAUCAUGCCUUGACCAAUUCUUUCCUUGUUUGAAGUCAGCACAUAUAUUUACAGAAUCCUGGAACGGUUGGCCAUUUUCUUUAUUCACCUCGUCUCUUAAACAUUUCGGUGUAAAGCUAGAGUUUCUUAACUACGGUACAAACUCGUUCGGUCCAGACUGGCUGGUUCAUUCAAACAGAUGCUUGCAACCUGUGGCAGACUCAGUACAGACUAUGAAACUAGAUAUUGCGUAUGCCGAUGACAAUAAACUACGUACGAACGAUUUUAAUUUAUAUCCAUCACUGGUUAAAUUACGCAUUACCCUCCGGUCUCGACCCAGAAUAAACAUUAUCCUGGAUAAAUGUCCAAAAUUACGGAUAUUAGAUUUGAGCCAGGGUGAAGCGUUAAGUCUCUCAAAUUAUGCAAAGCACAGCCAAAACCAAAGCCUCAGUAUACAUCCAUUGCGAAGAUUGAAUGCCCAAUCUACAUCUAUCCACCCAGAAAUUUUUAAAUACCUAUCCUUCCGAUGUCAACAACUUUUGGACCUGAAAUUAUGCAAAAUUAAUUUAAUUGAAGGUGAUUGGCUCAAAACUGGACAGCUACACAUGGACAUGCUGUUCUCACAAUUGAACACAUUCGAGCUUGCCCAAAUACAUUUCUCCAAACAAAAAACCUUUAAAUUAUUUGCCAUUGCGCAAACCGAGAAUACCAAUACCAAUUCCACUUCCAAUACCAAUACCAAUACCAAUCCCGAUACCGAUAUCAAUCUGCCGGAGCAGAGCAACCAGCCACAAUUGACCCAGUUAAAGUGGUAUCACGUAUGUUUGGAUAACUCCAGUGGAAAACAAAAAGCUGCCAUAUGGGAACUUGGGAGUCAGGACAUCGACUUUGCUCAGAGAUAUUACGAAAACUUUCCGGAAAACCAAGCACGCGAUCAAGCCCACGACCAAGAGCAGGAGAACUUACCGCAACCUUCGGCUACAGGGCUGAUACCAAGAAGCGAUUGGCAAAAGGAUCUUCAGUAUGGUGUUAUUAUUAUUCGAGUCAAAUCUGUCAAAUACUUUAUUUUCGAUAGCAUCUUACUAAAGACAUAG